ACAGCUGCUGGCCUCUGGCUGCUCCUCAGUCCAGCAGGUCCCGCCUCCUGCCUCCUGCCUCCAGACUGCGGGGCUGCUGCCAUUUCACAGCGGACACACACGAACACACACCAGAGCCUGUUGCUGGACGAACGUCUCCCGCUGCAGGAGCUUCUUUCCCCUCUCUCCUGGGUGCAGAAGUUGACUUGUGAGGAUGAGUGUCGCGGUGGCGGAGGGCUGCUUUAUGUCCGCCCUGCAGCCCAACUCCUCCUGCACCGCUUACAUGAUUCCCUCGGACGGACCGUGCCCGGACCCGGUGGCCAAGGCUCGGAGGGUCCAGGAGCAGGUCCGGAUGAGACUGGCCGAGAAGAGGUCCUCCUCCAUGACCAGACUGGACGACUCUCUGGCCGCAUCAACAGAUUACAGCUUUCCUGAGACAAAGAGCUUAGCACAUGCCCUUGGUUUCAGCUCCAGAUCCAUGACACACACACCCAGCCGCAUCAUGGCCGUUCCCACAGGUCCCCUUCCCUCCUCUGGUUUAUCUUCUCGCUCUGCUAUGGAGACGAGUUCCAGGUUGAGCCACAGAGGAAGCAGCAUGGUACAGAGCAACUUCCAGACUGUGCAGGCACACAACAGAAGCAUGCAGUCCAAGUCAAUGUGUCAGGCUGACCAGGAGAGGGUACCUCUCACUGUGGUGGUUCCUCCAGAGACUGCCUUUUUCCCAGUCUCUGUGGAUCCCCCACACAGCCAAAGCCUCAGUAGAAUAUUAGCCCAAGAAAGGCGCCACUGGCCGGAGGAGCCGCCGCAUCAGUCCUCCUACAAAGGCCCCUCCCACCGCACCAUCAGCCGCAUCACUAACCGGCAGCAGCACAACCAGCAGCAGGGCUAUGCCUUUGAGAGGGAGGGCUGGUUGGGGUCUGGCAGGGGAGUCCCCAUGGCAGGGGACGGCUGGGGAACACAGUGGCAGCAGCAUGUGUCCCGGACCAACCAUGUGACGGGUGCAGGGCAGUACCAAGCCCCCCUGAAACGGACUGCCUCGGUCCACAGUGUGAGGAGCGUUGGGAAAGGAGUGGAUGUCUUGGAUGGAGUAUCAAUACACAGCAACGACCCCCUGGCAGAGAUACAAAGUCUGGACAUGGCAACAGCUGUCAGAUAUCUGUCUGAAUCAGACACGACCCUGCAAAUUCUGGGAGCUGCAUACAUACAACACCAGUGCUACCAUAGCAACGAUGCAAAGAACCAGGUGCGUGCGCUGUAUGGCAUUCCAGCUCUGGUUCAGCUUUUCACCAGCGACAACCAGGAAGUGCAGCGUUACACCACGGGCGCCACACGGAACCUCAUCUACGAGAACUCUGACAACAAGGUGGCACUGAUAGAUGCCGGUGGUUUAACCCAUCUCGUCAGCAUCCUUCGCCAACCUGACGAGGAGCUUCAAAAGAUCAUAACAGGCGUCCUGUGGAAUCUGUCCUCCAGAGACAACCUGAAGCAGAAGCUGUCUAAAGAAGCUUUAUCAGAGCUGACAGAUAAAGUGCUGAUUCCUCUGUGCAGCAGUCUGCCACUGAGUCCAUCUGAGAGAGACAUCUUCUACAACACCACCGGCUGCCUCAGGAACUUGAGCUCAGUGAAUGAGAGGACUAGACAGAAGAUGAGAGACAUGCAAGGUCUGGUGGACUCUCUGGUGUCCUACAUCACACAGGACGACAUGACUGAGGACAAGGGUUUGGAGAAUUCCCUGUGUGUGAUGAGGAAUCUGUCCUACCAGCUGUACACGGAGCUUCCUUCAUCAGUGCGACUCCGCCUGGAGGGCCGAUCGAGAGCUUCUGCCUCCCGGGACAUUGACACCAUAGGUUGCUUUAGUAUGUACAACAAAAAAAACUCACAGCGUAACCAGAACCUAACCAUACUGUCGGAGGUGUCCCGACAACCUAAAGGGGCUGAGUGGCUGUGGCACCCAAAUGUGGUGGAGAUGUACAAGGGUGUUCUACAAAACAGGGACAUCAGCUCCACCAGCCGUGAGGCUGCCAUAGGAGCCCUGCAAAAUAUCACCACAGGAGAGGCCUGGUGGUCAUCAGUGCUGAGUGGUGUGGUGAUGGAGCAGGAGAGGAUGCUGCCCAUCCUGCUGGAUCUGUUAGACACCAACAGUGAGACGGAGCUGAGACCUUUGACUGGCCUGCUGAAAAAUCUGGCCGCACACUCUGCCAACAAAGACCACAUGGCUAAGAACAUGGUGAAUGCUCUUGUGUCCAAGUUGCCAUGUGAUGGUCUGCAGAAAAACCCGUCCAGUGAGGUGGUGUCCAAUAUGUGUGUAGCACUCAAUCACCUGGUCACCUGCAGUUCUAUAGCAGCACGAGACAUCUCCUACUUCAACGGCCUUCCCAAACUGGUGGGCAUUAAGACCUUCCAUGAUAACAGCCCUGGGAGUAUAAAAACUGCCAAAGCAGCCUCAACUGUGCUCUACAAUAUGUUCCAGUACAACAAGCUGCACAAAGACUACAAACAGAAAGGAUUUACCAGACAGGACUUCACAGAUGCCAUCAUCUAGAUUGCCACAUGUAACAUGCUUCUUUCUGAGCUUUUGACCUCUGGAUCACAGCUGCUGAGAGGAAAAGAAGAGAAACAGCUUGAAUUAGCUGUUCAUGGAACUGUGACUGACAUACAGGAUGAGAAAAAAGCCAAUGGAAGGAUGGACUUUAGGUGUGCCCUCAUUUACGUGGUUCGCCCCCCCAAAUAUAUGUGUGUGUGUGUGUGUGUGUUAGGGUUUGACUGGGUUUUGAGAUUGGUGGUGCUGAUUGCUGACAUCAGUUUUAAAAACACAUAUAAAAUAAAGCAUAUUUUCACUCAGAGGAAAUGCCAGGUGCAAACAAACACCCCAAACCAGAAAUUAUAUACAUGGACAUUUAUUUUUGUAUCAUUAAGAGUAAAUGUGUAAGAUGUUUUGGAUCAAACGUUCAAAAAGGUUUCUAAGAUUUACAACAGAAAGUGUUUUUGACACUGUGUCAAAGAAAUAUUUUAAGUUAGCAUGCUAACCAGAUAGCCUUGGCUCGUCCUGUCACUGUCUCCCUAAAACCACUUCAUACCUCUAGAGGUGACAGUGAUUCAGUCUUCACUCAGUCCAACACGAGAAGAUGAAAGGUAAUAGCUGUGAGAAGGAGCCGUUUACUCUCAGCACCCAUUCAAUUACAAAUCCAUUCAAGUUCACUAACAAGUUAGCAAGUGCCCUAUACUGAGGUCAGAUUUCUUAAUGCAGAUAUUAGAUCUCAUUGGCUUGUAAGCCAAAACAACAGCCCAGAAGGAUUUGUCCCAAUGUGUUUGAUGGCCAGUCUGACCAUCACAAAGAAGAACGCACCUAAGGGCUUUUUAUUUUAUUUUAACAGCAUAAUAUACUGCCCCCUCCUUGUUUGGAGUAUUCAUUUCACUCAAGGACAAGACUGAGAGAAUGGAUUUUCUUUAAAUAUCAAUUGAUUUGAAUGUGUAUAAUUAAGCACUGCAUCACUAGCAUUAACAGAAAACAGAAAAUAUAUUUACAGAACAGUAAAAGUUUAUGCAGUGUGUUGUCAACAUAUGGAUGUUAGAUUCUAAUAAUUAUCCUGGUCCUGCCCUGGUCAUCAUUUUACUUUUUCAGGGCUAAUGACCAAACAUCUGCAGAACUAAUACAUUUUUAUCAGACUAGAGCUAUUUAGGAUCAACUAUAUCAGUACAUUUUCAAAGAGGGCUCACCAUGUCACUGAGUGAAUCAGUAGCUUUUUACAGUGGAGCUCUCCUCAUUGGUGUCUAAGAACAUUUAUCAGCUGGGCUGUGAUUUACAGUUACUUUCUUGUUAAAAAUAGCUUUAGAGAUUAACAGAAACAAUAAUAACCUGAUGGAAACAGUCGGCUGCCGAGAAAGUGCCCUUAUGUACAGUGAUUGUACUGUAUAGACUACUUUUAUACUGACCUGAAUAUCAGAGUUUGGUUUAGCAGCAGACUGAACGCACUUCUGAUUAGGGUUGCAAAGGGGUGGAAAGUUUCCGGUAAAUUUCCGGAAACUUUCCGCGGGAAUAUUAAGCACGGGAAUUUGGGGAAUUUUGAAAAAAAAAAAAAACUAUGCAAAUUAAACGCUGAGCAAUAAAAACAUCAUUCAAAACUCUAUUUUAAAGAUGUAUGGAAUGCAGCACAAGCUGCAUGUUGAAUUUCAACCCUCCACUGUGCAUUCUUCCAUCACAUGCACAGAUAAUUCCCAGCAUCCUUCACUCUACAGCAGGGCUACUGAGGCCUUCUGUAGUGUGCAGGACUAGUCAGGUAAGUUUGAUAUUACUGGGGAAAAUAUGUUAGCAUGCUGAUUGAGGAUUGUUCAUCUGUUCAUCUAGCCUAUUUCCAUUAUAAUUUAUCCUUCAAUUGUAAAAUAUUUUUACAGACUAUUCCAAUUGUUUGGCUAACUAUUUAUAUCUCUGGCAUUGCAUGAGUAUUUUUUUACAAACUUUUUUCUCAUCUUAUUCUAAAGAACAAUGCCACGUGCACUAUCUCAUGUGUGGAGACAUUUCACCUCAUCCAAUGUAGAAGGAAAGGCUGUAUACAUUUGCAAAUACUGUGCAAAGACCUAUGUUAAGAAUGACACAACGAUGCAGAAGCAUAUAGUCAAGUGCCCAAAGUUUCCUUUAGGGCUCAAAUCAGCCUAUGACACAACAAAAUGUUUAUAUUUAUGUCUGUAUAUGACAAAGUAAAUACAGUUAGUAUAAAUUACCCACAACAUUUCCAGUUAAUUCCCGUUAAUUCCCGUAUAUUCCUGUAUAUUCCCGUUAAUUCCCGUUAAUUCCCAUGGAAAGUUUCCAACUUUGAAAAUUCCCGGAAUUUUGCAACCCUACUUCUGAUACAGUCGGAAUUCACUGAAUCUUUGUGGGAUGGAUUCUUUUGCUGUUGUACACACUGCAGGAGUCAUUAGAGAAAACGUGAACUUCUUGUGACUGACAUAAUUUCCACCCCUACAUCUCAGCUGUACUUUGCCUUAAUGAGCUGAUCUUACCUCGCCAACAUGCUAAACUUAGAUAAUUGACAGAAACAUUUGAUAAAUAGCAACUAAAUGAACUCACCAUUGGUGUGUUGUGCAUUAUACAGAUAGGAUGCUGCACUUUGUUAAGCCUUAUGAGGUAAAUUGUGAUUUAUGAAAAUGGGCUAUACAAGAUUUGACUCAUUGGUUGAUUGAUUGAUUGAAACAUCCCAGGAUUAUUCACAAUGUGCAAAUGUCCACAAAAUGCAGCUUGACAAGCGUCAGCCUUCUGUCACGAGACACUUCCACGAAAAUGAGGGUAGUAUGUACAGAAUGCUGCUCUGAGAUGGAAGGCCUGCACUUCAGUGUCACUCUAAUUGGUGUCUACUUUUAGCUUCAAUGAAUUAAGCACUUGCCUUACUAGUACCCAUAGCACAUCAGAUAUCAUGGCUGUUGGUCGUUAUUAUUAUAACUAUCUAUUCUAGCCAGUAGGACAGACAGUGAUGGGUGAACAAAGUCACAGCAGGGAGGAGAGAUGGGCUGGUGGAGAAUUCAAAGAGCAAACAAGAGGAUUUCUGUGGAAGGAGUGUGGGAGGGUGUGGACGAUGCUGCAGACCUGAAGAAGCCUUACAACUAGCAAGGAGGAAGGACGGGCCCAUACUGACUGAGGAAAUGAAAAACCUGGAUCUCCAGUGGGAUAAAGGGAAGGAAUGGACUUAAACACAAAGAUCACCAUACACGAGUGAAUGUUAGAGCGUCAUUAGACUGCUGAUAGUUGUUCUCGUGAAUUUCUUACAUCCAUUCUCUUCCCCUCAGACAAGCUGCACUGAGUAGAUGUGGAUAGUAAAGUAGAAUAGAGAGAACAGGGUUGUUUGGUGUGAAUACGCAACAUGUUUCAAUUUCCGCUACUGUCGCUUUUUAAAUUGUAUCUAUUGUCUACAUUAUCUACAUAUGCCGCCUUGUUUACUGGUCAUAUGCUGUUAUUAGUCUCUACGCUAAUUUACCAGCUGUCUUAUUGGAGAAAGUAACCUUUUAGAGUUUUGAAUAUUCACUUCAGUUUUUCAGAACAAUACAUUUUAUGGAACUUUGCUCCAGUGUAUUUGUAGAUGCGAGGAUCAUCCCUUGACUGUUGAGAGCAGAGGCUUAUCUCAACAAGCCUUUUGGGGAUUUACGGCUGGCUUUAUUGUCUGUAGCGUUUCCUUUUGGAUCAUCAAAUUUGGGCUCAGAGUUGAAAUAUUUUUGUUGCUGCCAAUUUGUCUGAAGGUAAAGCUGAAUACCUAAUAAAUAAAUGUUUGAUUAGACAGUUUAACAA